AUGGCUCUGGGUGGUUUGGUUUCCAACAGAAACUUCACUUCUUUCAUAGGACCAGGAAAUGUAUAUCAAUUGGGAAAGGAUCUAUCACCUCAAAGAGGGGGCAUUUCUUGUGUUUGUGUUGCACGUUAUGGUGGCCAGGUUGCAAAGGAUCCUUUCUCAAGAUGGUGGCAUGGAUUGCGUUUUCAUGCUAGAGAACCUUUGAAUGAGAAAGUUUCAAAACCAAUACCAACAUUUCAUGAUGAAGUGCAACAUUGUUCUCCAAUGUCCCAGAAAUCCAUUCACUGCAUGAACAUGAAACUUAAGGCCACCAGAAGAUGUCAAUGCUACCUCGCUUCAGAUCCCUAUAGCAGGAGCCUUGUUCAACAAAGAGCAGUAUAUGGACUAGGUUUAAACAAGGUGAAUCCAGCUCGUGUUCACUACAAGUCUGAGGAGUAUGAUAUUACAGAAUCGGAGGUGAAUCCUCUUGCAUCAACUGAAGGGACAGGUGAAGCCAUUCUCGUGGAAGGGAAUGUUCCGCAAGUAUCUUCUUGGUGGCAACAGUUUCCUAAGCGCUGGGUUAUUGUAUUGCUAUGUUUUGCAGCAUUUCUGCUGUGCAACAUGGACCGUGUAAAUAUGAGCAUAGCAAUACUUCCAAUGUCACAAGAAUUUAACUGGAACAGUGCAACAGUUGGCCUAAUUCAGUCAUCUUUUUUCUGGGGCUACCUUCUUACUCAGAUCCUUGGUGGCAUAUGGGCAGACAAACUUGGUGGGAAGCUAGUGCUAGGUUUUGGAGUUGUCUGGUGGUCAAUGGCAACAAUUUUAACACCUAUUGCUGCAAGAAUUGGGCUGCCAUGUUUGCUUAUUAUGCGUGCAUUUAUGGGGAUUGGUGAGGGUGUUGCCAUGCCUGCUAUGAAUAAUAUGCUUUCCAAGUGGAUUCCAGUUUCAGAGAGAAGUAGAUCACUUGCCCUAGUAUAUAGUGGCAUGUACCUUGGUUCUGUGGUUGGCUUGGCAUUCUCACCGUUGCUAAUCCAAAAAUUUGGGUGGCCAUCAGUUUUUUACUCUUUCGGAUCCCUUGGAAGUAUCUGGUUUGCCUUGUGGUUAAGAAAGGCAUAUAGCUCCCCAAAAGAUGACCCUGAUCUUGGGGUAGAGGAGAAAAGGUUCAUACUAGAAGGCAAUGUAUCAAAUGCACCUGUUUCUUCUAUUCCUUGGAAAUUAAUUUUAUCAAAAGCACCUGUUUGGGCUCUUAUAAUCUCUCAUUUCUGUCACAAUUGGGGGACUUUUAUUCUUUUAACCUGGAUGCCUACUUAUUAUAAUCAGGUUCUGAAGUUCAAUCUCACCGAAUCAGGGCUCUUAUGUGUUCUUCCAUGGUUAACCAUGGCUGCUUUUGCAAAUAUUGGUGGGUGGAUUGCUGAUACACUUGUGAGAAAAGGCCUCUCCAUAACAAAUGUUCGAAAGAUCAUGCAAACAAUAGGGUUUCUGGGUCCUGCCUUUUUUCUUUCACAGCUGAGCCACGUCAGAACACCUGCUAUGGCUGUAUUGUGCAUGGCGUGUAGUCAGGGAUCUGAUGCAUUCUCACAAUCUGGUCUCUAUUCCAAUCACCAAGACAUUGGACCCCGCUAUGCAGGUGUAUUGCUUGGACUAUCGAAUACGGCAGGAGUGCUUGCUGGUGUCUUUGGUACAGCUGCAACUGGUUUAAUACUCCAGCGAGGUUCUUGGAAUGAUGUUUUUAAGGUUGCUGUUGCAUUGUACAUAAUAGGCACAUUGGUGUGGAAUAUCUUUUCAACCGGGGAGAAAGUUCUUGAUUGA